AGGGAGGGGGAGAGGGAGGUACCCACACAGCUCUCUCUCUCUCUCUCUCUGUGCUUUUUCACAAAAAAGACAGAACUGGGGCUGAAACUGAAACAGGACUGGGAGAGUCACAAUCAAGUUUGGACUUUCUCCUCUGCAGAGCAACUUCUUUGGACGAGGGAGGUAAAGGAGGGAACAGAGAGGAGGAGGAAAACCAGCAGGGGCAGGACAGGGGGGAUAUUUUUCUCACUCAAGUGAGCUUCUUGAAGAGUCUCUCACACACUUUGCUCAUGCUUGUCAUACCUGGGCAAUAAGAGAAGACCGACGGCGACAGAUCACGAGAGAAGUGGCUGAAAGGAGGGAAAACACACAGCUUCCUGGAUAAGGAGCUCUUCCUUGAUCCACUAGGAGGGGGUGGACACAGGACGGGAGGAAGUGGGACUCUGCUCAGUGUGUGUCCAUAUGUCUGUGUGAGUUUGAAUGAGUGUGGGGUUUUCUGACAACUCUACACUCCACCUGGGUGUGUUUUGGUAGUUUAUGUGUGUUGAGAGCCUUCAACAGCCAACACACAGGACUCUGAAUGGCUAAUGUUAGCCCAUGUAUGUCCUCGGGGCCCAUGGCCCAGGUCUUCUUCCCUCCCGGGGGGUCCUCACCUCCAGGCUCAGCUGUGGUGCAGCCGGGGACCCCCAUAUCCAUGCCCUCUACGCCUUCUCAGGUGGGUUUCCCUGUGAUGGACCUGGCCCUGGGGCAGGGUCCUGUGAUACCGUCACUGCCCCCCACUCCAGCAGGUGUUUCCUUCAUCAUCCAGAUCGGUCUGACCAGAGAAUCCGUCCUGAUGCCGCAGCUCGCUGACCUGGCCUACGUGAAGCAAAUCGCCUGCUCCAUUGUUGACACAAAGUUCCCAGAGUGCGGCUUCUAUGGCAUUUAUGACAAGAUUUUGUUGUUCAAACACGACACAUCUACAAACAACAUCUUGCAGCUGGUGAAAGGGGCCAGUGACAUUCAGGAAGGGGAUCUUGUGGAGGUGGUGCUCUCUGCUGCAGCCACAUUUGAAGAUUUCCAGAUUCGGCCCCACGCACUCAAUGUGCACUCAUACCGGGCCCCGGCCUUCUGUGAUCACUGUGGAGAGAUGCUGUUCGGGCUGGUCAGACAAGGACUUAAGUGCGACGGAUGUGGACUAAACUACCACAAGCGCUGUGCAUUCAGCAUCCCAAACAACUGCAGUGGAGCUCGGAAACGGCGUCUUUCCACCACCUCCCUGAGCAGCAGCCAAUCCCUGCGCCUCUCCACCACUGAGUCGGUGUACAGUGUCGGGACGGCCUCCACCUGCUCAGAAGAAGCCAGCCUUGUCCGCUCCCACACACAAAUGCCACGGACCCCUAGUGACGCCAGGCGCUUCUACACGGGCCGACCCGUUCAUUUGGACAAGAUCCUGAUGAGCAAGGUGAAGGUGCCUCACACAUUCGCUGUCCACUCGUACACACGACCGACGGUGUGCCAGUACUGCAAGAGGCUGCUCCGAGGACUCUUCAGGCAGGGCCUGCAGUGCAAAGACUGCAAGUUCAACUGCCAUAAACGCUGUGCGUACAAGGUCCCUAAUGACUGCCUCGGCGAGACAAUCGGAGAAAACAGAAGUAACUGUGACAUGUUAAGCCCCAGUGCGGACCCUGAGGUGCCCAUGGACUACAGCACCGAGUACGACUCUGCAGACAAAUCUUCAAUGGACGACUCAGACGAGGCCUGCAGCAUCCCAGGCUCCUUCUCUCCUGACAACAACCAGGAUGGGACCAGUGGAGACCAGAAUGUGAACAUCCCUCUGAUGAGGGUAGUACAGUCAAUGAGACAAACAACCCGCCGAUCCAGUACAGCUAUAAAGGAAGGAUGGAUGGUUCACUACAGCAAUAAGGACACACUGAGAAAAAGGCACUACUGGCGCCUGGACUGUAAGUGCAUCAUCCUUUUCCAGAACAACACCACCAACAAGUACUACAAGGAGUUCCCUUUGUCUGAGAUUCUAGAGGUCCGUCCUGCAAGCAACUUCAACCUCGUCCCCCCCGGCACAAACCCUCACUGCUUUGAGCUCAUCACAGGCACCAUGUGCUACUUCGUUGGGGAGGACCCCAACACCAUCCCACCACCGUCCUCAAACAAUCCCCAGUCUCUCCCCCCUCAGACCCCCCCCUCACCCAGCCAAGUAGCUCCUAACAGUGGCAUCGGGCGUGAGGUGGCCAAGGCAUGGGAGAGCUCAAUCCGCCAGGCGCUGAUGCCAUCCAUCUUUCAGGAUGCACCAGCUGAGGGGAACACACCGCACAGACAAGCCUCAAUCAGCAUAUCGGUGUCCAACAGUCAAAUCCAAGAGAAUGUGGAUAUUGGUUCAGUGUACCAGAUUUUUGCUGAUGAAGUACUUGGAUCUGGACAGUUUGGAGUUGUGUAUGGAGGAAAGCACAGGAAAACAGGACGGGACGUAGCUGUCAAAGUCAUUGACAAGCUUCGUUUCCCCACCAAGCAGGAGAGCCAGCUGAGGAAUGAAGUGGCCAUCCUGCAGAGUUUACGUCACCUGGGCAUUGUGAACCUGGAGUGCAUGUUUGAGACGCCGGAGAAAGUGUUUGUCGUAAUGGAGAAGCUGCACGGUGACAUGUUGGAGAUGAUCCUCUCCAGUGAGAAAGGCAGGCUGCCCGAGAGACUCACUAAGUUUCUCAUCACCCAGAUUCUUGCAGCUCUGAGGCAUCUGCACUUUAAGAACAUCGUUCAUUGUGACCUGAAACCAGAGAAUGUGCUGCUCGCCUCUGCUGAUCCCUUCCCCCAGGUGAAGCUCUGUGACUUUGGUUUUGCCCGCAUCAUCGGCGAGAAGUCUUUCCGCCGCUCGGUGGUCGGUACCCCUGCCUACUUGGCCCCUGAAGUUUUACUGAACCAGGGCUACAACCGCUCACUGGAUAUGUGGUCAGUGGGCGUCAUCAUGUACGUCAGCCUCAGUGGGACAUUCCCGUUUAAUGAGGACGAAGACAUCAACGACCAGAUCCACAACGCAGCCUUCAUGUACCCUCCCAACCCGUGGAAACAGAUCUCAAGUGAUGCAAUCGACUUGAUCAACAACCUGCUGCAAGUUAAGAUGCGAAAACGCUACAGUGUGGACAAGAGUCUCAGCCAUGUAUACCUACAGGACUAUCAGACGUGGCUUGACCUGCGGGAGCUGGAGACCAAACUAGGCGGGCGUUACAUCACCCACGAGAGCGACGACAGCCGCUGGCAAAUGUUUGCAAAUGAACACACUCUGCCUUACCCCGCUCACCUCGUGCCUCCUCCUCCUGCAUCGGCCUCUGACGACGAGGAGGGCGGGGAGGAUGCAGACAUGCAAGGCCUCACCGAGAGAGUCAGUAUUCUCUGACAUCCAGAGACAAAAAAAGAGGACUCAUGUAGGAAGAAAGACAAGUUGGUAAAAGUCAUUUGGUUUCAAGAAGGAUUUUGUCCAGCAGUUUAUUCUUUUGCAGCCAGACAUGUGUGUGUGCAAGUGCUCUACUUUGCAGCAAUAAAUCAUAUUUUCUCCUCAAGCCUGAGGUCAUCAAAGCAAUUCUCUGAUCAUUUACCUCUAAAAACGUGGGUCCCUUUUUUUAUCUUUUGAAUUGUUUAUAUCUUUCAUUGUGAAGACUGACUUCUUGAGGAGCGUUUGCAGAUAAACUGUCACAUAUUUAAUCAAAAUAAGUCACACUAAUAAGAGGCGGCAUGCUCUUUUGCUUUUGAUACAAAAAGCUUAGGAGCGAGGCACGUUACACCAUCUCAUUACAAAUCAUGAAGGUCUAAAUCCGGUGUGCUUAUUCCUAUUUUUCAAAACAAAUAGGAGUUUAUGUUAAAAAGAAAUGAACCACAUCGAAUGAAAGGAGCAGUGACAUUUGUAUUAAGUGUCUCUGCCGCCUUCAGUAAACACCAGUUCAAUCUCUUUCCUGUGAUGAAAGGCUUUAAAGUGACAAAAGACUUCCUCUCUGCUGGUAAUAACUUAUAUGCAGACGUGCAGGCAGACCCAUCUGUAUUCACAAAUGCGUUCCCAUAAAUGAAAGCCCUGUCCUUAAAACUGGAAGUAUUGAUCCACUGACAGCAAAUCCUCCCAUAAUUACUGCUGGUUUUAAACCACAGUAGACUCUUUGGAAACAUCUCUGAGUAGAGACAUCAUUGUGGGUAUAAAUGAACUAUAGUUCUGGGCCUCUGUUGCGCUUUACAACUUCAUGAGUCAUUUUCAACGUGCAGAUUACACAACAUGCGCCACAGUGGCUGUUGCUGAAAGCUGAAAAUUGCUUCUAUUAUGUUGCCCACUCUAUGAACCGUCUCUGAAAGUGUAUUUUAACGGGGAACACUUCCUCACAGUUGCGUGUAUAUUAGAUUCAAAUUCUAAUAACUGAGCAGGUAAAUGGUCUCUCUCUCUCUCUCUCUUCUUUUUAAAACCUGCUUCAUGUUUAUUGUUUAGAAGAACAGACCUCUCCCUUUAAUGUAAGUGUACAGAUGGACAGCUUAGGUUACUAAACUGGAUGUGGAGAGUGUACGUAGUUUGAUGGUUGUCAAUAUGUUGCAUGUUUCUGUGAAGUAGAAUCGUCUCUAGAUCCAUUUUAAACAUCCUGUAGUUGUGAUGGCUCAUGAUACAUGUGUAUAACCUGAAGCUCAUGUCGUUGUUUAAUAUUCAUAGACUGUGUAGAACAUGUUUGAAGGACCAUCCUAGCCUUUGUAACAGAAAAUACAUACCUUGAAAAAUA